AUGGCCAAGGAGUACAACGGGUCCCCCAAGCCCCACCAUCUCAACAUGAAGCGAAAGCGUCUAACGUACAUCCUAGCCGUGACUGGCCUCUGUAUCGUCUUCUACAUUUUAGGUGCUUGGCAAGGUCGAUCCCCCGGCGGCCCGUCGACCCAAACCGACUUCUCCUCGAAAGUCGACUGCGAAAACGAAAACAUCAAAACCGAUCUUCCACGAUCCUCUUCCUCGUCGUCCACCUCAUCAAUGGUCCCCGACCAGCUGGACUUCGAGACCCACCACCAGCUGGAAGUCAACUCUUCCGAGUCAACCGAGAAGUUCCCCCCGUGCGACCCCAAGUUUACGGAGUACACCCCUUGCGAGGACCAGCAAAGAGGCCGGAAGUUCGACCGGGACAUGCUCAAGUACAGGGAGAGGCACUGCCCGACGAAAGACGAGCUGCUAAGGUGUCUCAUCCCGGCGCCACCGAACUAUAAGAGUCCCUUUAAAUGGCCCCAAAGCAGGGAUUAUGCGUGGUACUCUAACAUACCCCACAAGGAGCUGAGUAUUGAGAAGGCUGUUCAGAACUGGAUUCAGGUCGAGGGGGACCGGUUCAGGUUCCCGGGCGGGGGCACUAUGUUCCCACGUGGGGCCGAUUCGUAUAUCGACGAUAUCAGUGCUCUUAUUCCGCUGACAGAUGGGAGCAUUCGGACUGCAGUCGAUACUGGCUGUGGGGUGGCUAGUUGGGGUGCUUACCUACUGAAGAGGGAUAUAAUAGCCAUGUCUUUUGCACCGAGAGACACGCAUGAGGCACAAGUGUGGUUUGCACUCGAAAGAGGUGUUCCUGCAAUGAUCGGCAUCAUGGGUUCACGAAGGCUUCCGUAUCCUGCCCGGGCCUUCGACAUGGCUCAUUGCUCCCGUUGCUUGAUCCCAUGGUUCUAUCACGGUGGGCUGUACCUGGCUGAGGUGGACCGUAUCCUAAGGCCCGGCGGGUACUGGAUACUCUCGGGCCCUCCAAUCCACUGGCAGAAGUAUUGGAGAGGUUGGGAGAGAACAAAAGAAGACUUGAAGCAGGAACAAGAUUCCAUUGAGGAUGUGGCCAAACGCCUCUGCUGGAAAAAAGUUGUCCAGAAAGGAGAUCUCGCCAUCUGGCAGAAACCCAUUAACCACGUCGAGUGCCUCGACUCGAAAACGUCGUAUCCGGAGCCGCCCAUCUGCAAAUCGGACAAUGCCGAUGCUGCUUGGUACAAGGACUUGGAGAACUGCAUCACACCACUCCCUGAGGUGAACAGCGCCAGUGAAGUAGCCGGGGGCCCACUCAAGAAAUGGCCCGAACGGGCCUUCGCGGUCCCGCCAAGGAUCAGCAGUGGCUUAGUCACAGGAGUCACGGCCAAGCACUUCCAGGAGGACAACGAGCUAUGGAAAGAGCGCGUCUCGUAUUACAAAAAGCUCGUCAGCCAGCUGUCACGCGGGAUGUACCGUAACGUGAUGGACAUGAACGCGAAUCUCGGAGGAUUCGCGGCAGCCGUGAUGAAGUACCCUGUUUGGGUCAUGAAUGUGGUCCCAGCCGGGUCGCCCCACGAGACUCUUGGGGUGAUAUACGAACGAGGCUUUAUAGGGACUUACAUGGAUUGGUGUGAGGCUUUUUCGACUUAUCCACGGACCUACGAUCUCAUCCAUGCUGGCGGGGUCUUCAGUCUGUACCGGGACAGGUGUGACAUCAACUACAUUCUGCUCGAGAUGGAUAGAAUCUUGCGGCCGGAAGGGACGGUGAUUUUUCGGGAUAUGGUGGAAGUUCUGGUGAAGGUUAAGAGCAUUACAGAUGGAAUGAGAUGGGAGAGUAAGAUAGUUGAUCAUGAAAGUGGUCCCUUUAAUGCUGAGAAAAUUCUUGUUGCCACAAAGACUUACUGGACUACUGAAUCUAAAGAGGGACAGCAGUGA